AUGAAAAGUGACGGCGAAAGUGGGAUUUGCGUGUGGCGAUAUAGUGGGGGUCCGCGGGGUAUACCCGGCCGGCAAGUGGCCGAAGAGUCGCAGUUUCGCGAGGGCGACCUCGGGCCAGUUCAAAGAGGGAUCAAAAAAUUAAAUAGCCUAACUUUAGCUCCCGUCCGUUUCAGUGAACCCAAGUGCGAUCUAGGAUCAUCCCGCGGCUAUCCGGCCAAAGAAGGCACAAACCGCGUUGGUAUUAUCCUCGGCAACAUUUCAGACGCCGCGUUCAAUUGCCCGAACAAGGACGGCCAAUACGAGGACAGCAGGCAAUGCGACAAGUAUUACGAAUGCAACGACGGCGCGGCCGCGGAGAAGCUGUGCCCGGACGGUCUCGUGUUCGAUCCCUUGAAUCGCAAGGUCAACAAGUGCGACCACGUCUUCAACGUCGACUGCGGCGACCGUCUGGAAUUACAACCUCCACAGCCGACGAAGAAGUGUCCGAGACGAAACGGCUUCUUCGCGCAUCCUGAUCCGACAGUGUGCAAUGUCUUUUACAACUGCAUCGACGGAGAGGCGAUCGAAAUCACCUGCACCACCGGACUGCAUUUCGACGAAUACAGCGGCACUUGCGUGUGGCCGGAUAGCGCGGGUCGCGAGGGCUGCGGGGUCAUGGGCAAGAAACUGAAGGACGGCUUCGAGUGCCCGACCGAGGGCCAGGUUGACAGCAGAGGCAUGCUGGUCGACCACCCGAAAUUUGCGCAUCCCGAGGACUGUCAGAAGUUCUACGUAUGCCUGAACGGUGUGACGCCGCGCGAGCAGGGCUGCAGCGACGGCACCGUCUACAACGAGGAGCAGCAGAGAUGCGACGCGCCCGAGAACGUUCCCGGAUGCGAGGACUGGUACAAGGACGACGACAAGAAGCCGUAAGGAAGUCGUCCACGCUCAUCUGUCCCGCAUCGGGACGCCGCACGUUCACUUUAAUCACCUGUCACCCCCUUCGCCCAGCGUGUAACUCCAUGUGUGUGUUUAGCCAUUUGAAUGCCUUG